UUUCGAGCUAGCGCAGUCCGUUUGUUUCUUUCUCACGAUGAUUCAUUCGUUUAUCUCUAGCUUAGUAGUGCGUCCAUUGUAAAAAAAACUAAAAUUACCCUGUAAAUUAAUUGAUUUUCGGAGUAGUUUUGGUCAGCUUUAGUGCUGAUUGGUUUUAAAACCGGUUACGCGUUUGAUACAAGUUGAUUCCUAAUCCGCGAUCUGAGAUUUGGUGCGAAAAAGAAAAAAGCAAUACUGGCGAAAGGAGAGGUGAUUUUUAAAUGGUGGUGCAGUUUCGUGCAGUAAUUUCCAUUUGCAAUAUUUGGCUGAAACAACAGCGAAAGAGUGGAAGAGUGGGGCAGGCAGAACAAGUGUAAGUGAAGCUAAAUUAAAGUCAAGUGCGCUCUUCAAGGUCUGCUAGAAUUCUUGGAUUAAACCAGAAACCCGCUGGAUAGUAGACCGCAUCACCACCAUGGACGGAGAGUCGGAGAAGCAACCGCUGUUGAAACAGUCAUCCCAAUCAGGUCAACCGCAAUCCUCAUCGGAACAACCACCACCAGCGGUUGUCACAGCUUCCUCAAUUGGGCCCGAUGAACUCCCACCGUCCUACCAACAGGAACAACAAAGCAGUGUUAUCGUAACGUGUCGCGUCUGCCAGGCCUUGAUAGAUAUCUCGUGGAAGAAGGAACAGCACGUUGUCAAGUGCUCACAGUGCAAUGAGGCUACGCCAAUCCGCAACGCUCCACCUGGCAAAAAGUAUGUUCGCUGCCCCUGCAAUUGUUUGCUUAUUUGUAAGAGCUCCUCCCAGCGGGUGGCCUGCCCGAGGCCCAACUGCAAGCGCAUCAUCAACCUGGCGCCGAGUCCGGUGACGCCACCGUUGCUGUCGAUGCCCGGCAUGUGCCGUGUCAGCUGCGGCCACUGUCACGAUACAUUUUUGUUCGACACAAUGAAAAAUAACCUGGCCAGGUGCCCUCACUGUCGCAAGGUUUCCUCGGUCGGUGCAGACUUUUGUCGUAAGCGGCGUAAUCUGCUGCUGCUUGGAGGAUUGAUUUUCUUAGGAAUCGGUAUAGGCGUUACAUACGGUACUAUGAGCUACGCAAGGAGUCACAAUGGAAUGUAUAUUGCCUACAUCAGUCUGUUUUUGGUCGCUUUGCUUUUGUUCGCCAAGACGAUAUACUACUGCACACUGAAAGUGAGUAGCGUGGAAGGAGCAAUCUAAAGAGAGCCAUGGAAAAGUUCUCCUAGUUCAACGUCUUCUGUGCAUGUGUCGUUCCCUAUCUUCAAAAGAGAAAAAAAGGUAACCGGAAAAUCAAAAGAAAUUUUCUUUGCCCAUACACAACACUAGGAAACGAACAAUUUAUAGACAUUCCCAAGAGUGAACAGCACGAUAGCAAUCGAGGAUGUAUUAAUGUAGAACUCAUACACAAACUUUGUUAUUCGCUGCUGCCGAAUAGUGAUGGUUCCCAAACAGAUACAACAAUGCAGGUACAUUUUGUGUUAAUAACCUUCGAAUUAGCCACAGAUCUGGUUUAUUGGUUACAGAAUAAGAUGUGAAAGCCAUAUUCAAAUUUAACAGUGGAUGAGCUCGAACAAGGACAUUAGAAAAUGAUCUACGCUGUAACUCCCAAAGCGGUAGUAGAUGGUGAUGAGUAGCAUUAAGAUAAAGCAUAUAAAAGAUCAUCGAUACAUAUAAUAGAUAUGAUUUACUGGAACGUAUUUUUUACAUUUUACAUAUUGUAAUCACUCAUUCUGAAUUUAUAUGCUGUAUAAAUUAACCGGAUAAGUGCAGGAAGUGAUGUUUCUGAUCUUAUGUUUAAGAAAAGUUAUAUUUAAUUUAAUUAUAAAAUAAACUAUACGCAGAAACUGUAUGUUUGAAAAUACACUCAACAGUUUGGAAUUCAAUGGUAGACCAACAUGUCACUAUGUAUCGUUUUGGGCAAGAUUACACAUCUACAAAACAUAUUAUAUAAUAAAUAUCAUCAUUACUCUAUACUCGGUCAACAUUUAUUAAAUCAUCUACAUACCAUCAAAAAAUAUUAAAAAUGUCUAUCGAAAGAAUGAGAAAACUUUGCAAUAAUGGUAUAAAAUCCAGUAAAGAUGGAAAAAGUGUAAAUCAAAUCGAACAAUUGUGUACAUCCAUACGCUCCAUACUUCCAAACAUCUAGGUAAUUCAAAUCAUAAUUGUUCAGUUGUUGUAUAUUCUAUACAGUACGAUAAUAUCUUUGGAAUAUAACUAAGAAAGGGUGACACAAGAAAGAAAAUCAUUUUUGUUUAACUUGGCUAAAAGUAAGUGCAAACGGUUGAUAAUCGCAAAAAAUAUGCCAUUGAGUUGCACAUCGUCGUACGUUUUUUUUUUUAUGACUUGCUUUCGUUUGCCCCGGAAAAUGAUAUUACAUCUAUUACAUCUAUACUAAAAUAGGAGCAGUUAAGAAUGUAAACUAUGUGCUUUGAUCAAUCGCAAAACCUAUAGCUCCAAGAAUCGAAAGAAAACAAAAACACUUUUAGCCUCCCAGUUGUGGGUUUAUUAUUAUCUAUUAUAAACCUUACGAUAUAUACAUUUACUACAAAACAACCGAAAAGCGGGCAAAAAUAAAAAGAAAAUUAGGAAAAUUGUAGCGUGUUUAA